AAUGCAAUAUGAAAAUCAUGCAUCUUAAUAGGAUGAUCUUAAAAUUGAACUUUGAAAAUUUGUUGAAAUCUUGGUACGCUUAUACAUUUGUCAAAAAUGAAUAUUUUCAGCCCAGCUAUCAUACAGUAUCUAGCAGAAGAAUACACAGACAAACAAGGAAUGGGUUCUACUCUCAGUGAACAAAUACGAGCUAUGUCUACAAUGCAUUGGGCUCAUAACACCCUACAAAGGUGUGUAAUCACCAACUAUGUGUAUGUAAUGAUGAAGAAUUCAGAGUUAUCAGACCCUGAGGCAGCCAUGGCACUCACACAGACAGCAAAAACUGACAUCAGACAACAUCUCCAAACUCUUGACACUCACUACUUGGGGAAAUCAAAGUUUCUUUUUGGAAAUGACUGUCUAUUUGUGGAUUGCUUUGUUGCCAUGCUGCUGACCACACUAGAUCUCGUCAGUUUUGACUUUAAGCCAUUUCCCCGUGUAAAACAGUGGAUGACCAAUGUGAAACAGUUGUAUGAAGACAACUGGGAAGAAGUGUGUGAGACCCACAAUAUGCAGGUCAUGCAGAGAGGGAGCAGACGGGCUUCUCUUAUGUAACACAAGGUGGCACUUCAAGAAGCAAUGUUGUGAACUUCUGGCACUGAAAUGAGCACAGAUAUACUGGCCAAAACUACAUGUUUUGUACUUCUCUUUACUCUUUAUCAUUUUCCUUAACAAUGUUUCUUUGGAGCCC